UUGUCGGGCGAUUGGACUCAGGUUGAAGUGAUUCGGCUCUCCACCGAAGGCGGAGGCCUCGGCUUCGGCAUCGUCGGUGGUGCAAGUACCGGUGUCGUUGUGAAGACCAUUUUACCGGGAAGCCCGGCAGAUAAGCGUACUGUAAUCAAAAUGGCCACGAACAAGAGGUGCCAGACAGGACAGACAGAUUUUAAAGAGUAG